UGAACUCGUGUAGCCCUGGACCCAAGUUACCUCCUCUUCCUCUUCUGUUACGGCGAAAAAGCGGACGAGCUUUGUAGUACUGUACACUCCCCUGCCAGUCAAUCAGACGACUGGCUGACAAAAAAAAUCAGGGACUUUUUUGCAGAACAUUGGGAGCUGGCUAGCUAACGAUUGCUAGCUAAAUUCUCACAUCGCCACCCUUUCUGCUUGUAUGGAUUACUAGCCGAAACCAGCCAACUAAGCAACUCAUCUUGUAUUUUUCAACGAAACAACUAUGGACUUCAACGUUAAAAGAUUAGCAGCAGACGCCGGUACUUUCCUCAGCCGUGCUGUACAGUUUACAGAGGAGAAACUUGGCCAGGCUGAAAAAACCGAGUUGGACGCCCAUUUGGAGAACCUUCUUGCCAGAGCAGAAUGCACCAAACACUGGACGGAGAAGAUUAUGAAGCAGACAGAGGUUUUGCUACAACCCAACCCAAAUGUCAGAAUAGAGGAAUUUUUGUACGAGAAGCUGGAGAAAAAAGCUCCAACGCGGAUGAACAACCAUGAGCUGCUGGGCCAGUCCAUGAUCGACUCUGGGAACGAGUUUGGUCCAGGAACCGCGUAUGGCAAUGCACUCAUAAAAUGUGGAGAGACAGAGAAACAGAUUGGAGGUGCAGAGAGAGAGUUCAUUCAGAGCUCAGCCAUCAACUUCCUCACACCAUUUCGCAACUUUCUUGAAGGAGACUUCAAGACUAUCUUAAAAGAGCGGAAGCUUCUGCAGAAUAAGCGCCUGGACCUGGAUGCUGCCAAGACUAGACUGAAGAAAGCCAGAGUGGCCGAUGCCAGGGCAGUGGCGGAGCAGGAGCUGAGGAUGACGCAGAGCGAGUUCGACCGGCAGGCGGAGAUCACCAGGCUCCUGUUGGAGGGCGUCAGCAGCACUCACGCCCACCACCUGCGCUGCUUGACUGACUUUGUGGAGGCCCAGACCACAUACUACGCACAGUGUUAUCAGUACAUGGUGGACCUCCAGAAACAGCUGGGAAGCUUCCCUUCCACCUUCUCCUCCAACAACAACCAGUCGUCGGUGAACGCGGCGGCCAGCAUCUCUGUACCCACCAUCCCUCUGACGGCCUCCCUGCCCACCCCGUUCACCGGGCGGGCCUCCUCUGGCUUCACCGAGCUGCGAAAUUCCAGUGGCAGCCGCAAGGCUCGGGUCCUGUACGACUACGACGCAGCCGGGAGCAGCGAGCUGUCCUUGCUGGCGGAUGAGGUUAUCAUGGUGUCUAGCGUGCCAGGUAUGGACUCGGAUUGGUUGAUGGGUGAACGGGGGAACCAGAAGGGAAAGGUCCCUAUCACCUAUCUGGAGCUGCUAAAUUGAGUGUUUAGUGUGGGUUUUGGGAAAAAAAGUAUAUUCCAGCUGUGAUUUUUUUUUUUUCAUAUUUAUACUGUUAUGCAAUUAACUUCCUAUGAAGUGCUUCCCAGCCUUCUGCUCUACCAUGUCUUACGGAUGCUCGGCCGCCAGCCCUGGUGAUGAGCUGCAAUACUGACGACCACAGUAACUUGCAAAAAGUCUUUCAACUUUCAAACCUUCAACCUUUGUCUUCUCACGAAUUUGGGUAUUUUGUUCUUUUUUUUUUUUUUUUUUUGGUUUACAUAAUAUGUAACUAACUCCGAUUCUGGCCAUUGUAUGCUUUAAUUACAUUUGUCACUGCCAAUUGCUUCUGUUUAUAUCACCGAAAAGCAUUAUUUUUGCCGUUUUAUUUUUUUACAGCCUUUUUAAUCUGUGCAAAAAAAGCACUCAAACAUUGACUGAAAAGUUGAGGAAUACUUGUUCCAUUUCCUUUUUAUGCAAUGCUGUAGAUAUUUCAAUCUCCUUGCCAGGAUGUAAAAGCUUGUCUUUCAUAGUGCCACAAGGUCCUGAUUCAUACUUCAAAGAGGAUAAUGAUUUCAGAGUCACAUGACUUAUCACAUGGCCCUCCCUUUGGUGUUUCUCCCCAGAGGAACUGUGAGCAUAACUAAAUCAGGUUAAGAACAUUCCAGAGAAUUAAAUUAGAUCAAGAUGAAACGAAGAAAGGUUGUCAACUGAAUGUCGGGCCGUCUGGUACAAGUGCUUCAGGUAUUGUCCAUGUUGUAGCAGCAUUUACCAUUCGAUUCAUCUGGGGUUAAAUGGUAAAUGCUUUCAAAUAAGUGUUUCAGGCAAAGGAUAUAUGCCAAAUGAGCUUUUUCAUGAAUACGUUCAGGAAAAAAGUAAGGGUAGCCCCUAACACUGACUGUACUCUCAAUUACUAUAGACUGAAAAUUAAGAAGCGAUGCUUUCACCAUUAGCCUUAUCUACAGAAAGCACAUUAUUCCUCUGAAUACGAUUUUAAGAUGUUUUACUUACAGUUGACUUGUAAACAGUUAAACUAAUUGUUAGUUUACCACUUUAGGAGUUCUUUAUGCAAUAUAAUCCAAUUGUUGAUGUGUAACAGUGCCUUAAAAUAAGUAUGUAGAGCAAAAGGAGGUUGGAAACUGAACUGAGUGGCUGUAGUUUCAGGAUGAACAUUAAACCAAUGUUUUCGGUUCACUGCUCCUCUGUGAACAGGAGCUAAAUGGAUCGCAGACAGGUUAAUGAUGCCUUCCUUUCACCUGUUCAGUUAUUAUAAACGUGUAAAGA